AUGGAUUCUACUAAUACUAACGUACAUCUCUCUCAUCCGACACCCCAAACAAGGACAUCAACAAGCACGAUACAACCCCAAAUAUUAAUUUGGAAAUUUCCAUCCCACACUCUGCUCCAAACACCUUUUUCACCUACACUAACACUAAUUGGUGCAUCAAAAGCAGCAAAUGAAACGGCAUUCUAUAUUCCCGAACUUGGAUUCAUGUUUGAUUGUGGGAUGAAAGUGCACAGUACACUUCCCACUCACAUUUUCCUCACACAUAUACAUAGUGAUCAUUCUCUCGCGUUGACUCAUCAUAUGUCUAGGGAAAAUCCACCUAAUAUUUAUUUACCGAAUGAAUGUGCAGAGUUAGCGGAAGCUUAUUUGAAUGCUACACGGGAGAUGACAGGUUAUGGGCGAGAAAAUGCAAGAAUUCAUUGUGCUGGUGUCGAAAAAAGUGAUGUUUUGACGAUCGAAGAAAAAGAGAAGAAAGAGAAGAAAGAAAAGAGUAGUGUUAAUAGUAGAUAUGAAAUACAUGUCAUAGAAAUGGAUCAUAGUGUGCCUUGUGUUGGUUAUAUGAUUUAUUCUAAAAGAAAAAGAUUAAAGCCAGAAUAUAAAAAUUUAACCGGACAAGAAAUUGCUGCGUUAAAAAAAUCAGAUAAAUCGUUGAACGUUAUGCAAGAUUUUCUUUUUCCAUUGUUCACAUUUUGCGGCGAUACAACCGCAAAAAUCUUUAAACAUCCAAAUCCGAAUUCGAAUAUUUUAAAUGAUAGCAGCAAAAACAAUAACCACCAAUGGAACGAUAUGCCUUUUGUAAUAACCGAAUGCACAUUUCUUAAAGACGAACAUAUCGAGAAUGCAGAGCGUACAAAACACACUUGUUGGCAAGAACUACAAGAUGUUGUGAAAUUGUAUUCAGCCACUGUAUUUAUUCUUAUACAUUUCUCAAAAAGAUAUUCGGAUGAUUAUAUUCAACGAUUUUUCGAACAAGAGAAAAUAGAAUGGAAAGAAAGAGGUGAUGGGAAUUUGGAGAAUAUUGUUGUUUGGAUAUGA